AUGGCGGACCGUUAUUCUUUCUCUCUAACCACUUUCUCCCCCAGCGGAAAGCUGGUUCAGAUCGAAUAUGCGUUGAAUGCGGUUAAUCAAGGCAUCACUGCACUCGGCAUCAAAGCUACCAAUGGCAUUGUUCUCGCGACAGAGAAGAAGUCGUCGUCUCCCCUCGCUGACCAGAGCUCCGUAUCCAAAAUCAGCAACAUCACGCCCAAUAUCGGUGCUGUUUACUCUGGCAUGGGUCCCGACUACCGAGUUUUGGUCGACCGAGCACGCAAGGUCUCUCAUACUGGCUACAAGAGAAUCUACAACGAAUACCCCCCCACCAGAAUAUUGGUUCAAGAUGUCGCUCGAGUCAUGCAGGAGGCUACGCAGUCUGCGGGUGUUCGGCCCUAUGGUGUGAGCAUGCUGAUCGCUGGCUGGGACGAGGGCAUUGAGCCUGAGGAGUCUGGGACAGCUGCUGCCGAAGCUGAUGAGAAGAAGGCCACUUCAAAGACUGGCGGUAUUCACAAGGGGGGUCCCAUGCUGUAUCAGGUUGACCCUACUGGAAGCUAUUUCCCCUGGAAGGCCACCGCUAUUGGCAAGAGCGCAACCAAGGCCAAGACGUUUUUGGAAAAGAGAUACUCGGAGGAACUUGAGCUCGAGGACGCCAUCCACAUUGCUCUGUUGACCUUGAAGGAUAACAUUGAGGGAGAAAUGAACGGCGACUCUAUCGAGAUUGGUAUUGUCGGUCCUCCUGCUGAUCACUUGCUGGGAAUGGAGGGGGUGGAGGGGGCAACCGGUCCGCGAUUCAGAAAGCUUACUCCGGAAGAGAUUGAGGAUUACUUGACGAGUCUAUGA